GGGGGAGGGGGUCGCGAUGCAGCGAUACAGUGCUAGUAAAGACAGAAGCGCCAUAGUCAGUAGUGCGCGCGCUCUCUCUUCAUACGGUUCGGUCGGGCGUGCGCGAGUGUUGGUUAAUCUUUCGUCAAAAUGCAGGUGGUGAUUCUAGCAGUAACGCUGCUGGCUCUGGGGGUUGCUGGCCUCUCCGACCUUUCGGACAUCCCGGGCAGCUACUGCGGCCUUCGCAGGAUUCCCUGCUGCACCUCCCGAGAAGACUCCUGCUCCGUCCCGAUCCUCGGAACUCUGUGUUACUGUGAUCAGUUCUGCAACCGCGCCUACAACGACGACUGCUGCCCGGACUAUCGCUACGUCUGCUUGAACGAGACGAGGACAACUACCUCACCGCCACAAACAAUAGCCGCGAAACCAAGCUGUUGGUACCAGAACCGGUAUUACGCCGAGGGCACGGGCAUUACAAUUAAUUGCAAUGAGUGCAAGUGCCAGCAAGUAUGCCGCGGAGGAGGUUGCAAACACGAGAUGGUCUGCAGCCAGAACAAGUGUCUGGUGGACCCUGAACUUCUCACUUCCAUCAACCAAGAUCGCUUCGCUGGCUACAAGGUGGCCAACUACACAGAAUUCUGGGGUCGGACUCUAAACGAAGGAAUGGCUCGCAGACUCGGCACACUUCACUCCAGAAGACGGGCAUACUCAAUGAGACCUAUCAACGCUCAUUUCGACCGAGACAAUGUGCGCGCGCGCCUCUGGUACGACUUGCGCAGUGAACGGCCAGGUAUGAUCUCCCAACCUCUGGACCAAGGGUGGUGUGCUGCGGAUUGGGUUAUGAGCACAGUUCAGGUGGCUACAGAUCGUCUCAUGAUGGUGUCCAAUGGCGAGGACCGAACUGUCCUGUCACCCCAACACCUCCUCAGCUGUAACGAGAAGAACCAGAGAGGAUGCGAUGGUGGACACAUCUCCAGAGCAUGGAAGUUCAUUCAGAAGUUUGGUUUGGUUCCCGACGAGUGUUACCCCUGGGUCGGCCAAAGGACCUCCUGCACCGUAUCCAAGAAAGCGGACAAGAAGCGCACCAUGGCGCGGUGUGCCUCGGGCAAUACCAUGAGACCUCUGCACCGAACAGGACCUGCCUACAGGAUCUCGACAGAACCAGAGUCCAUCAUGCAUGAGAUCCUCACUUCUGGACCUGUCCAAGCCAUAAUGCGAGUCUCCCAGGAUUUCUUCAGCUACCGAAGUGGUGUGUACAGAUGUGGCCCACUCUCUCGCAACCGCAACCCCAGUGCCAAUAACUUCCACUCUGUGAGGAUCGUGGGCUGGGGAGAAGAGUCCCAACAGGGCAGGCUUGUCAAGUACUGGAUCGUCUCCAACUCAUGGGGUACAUGGUGGGGCGAGAACGGCUACUUCCGCAUCGUCAGGGGAGUGAAUGAAUGCGAGAUAGAGAGCUUGGUGAUGGCAUCCUGGAUCAACCCAAUUGUUCCGAAGAAGGAUCCUUCCAUGCCGAAGAUGGACAGCACCAACAUGAUCCUCAACAGUUUGUCGUAGACUGUCACCAAGAGAACAAGAUCGCUUUGAGAAUCUCAACUACUGAGACGCGGGCGUAUUUGCAUUGGGUUUCCGAUUAAAAUCUGGCCGUAUAGAUUUUCUAUUUGUUUUUACACUUUAAACUCUAGUUCAGGUAAUUUUAAGUUGUCUGUGUCAGCAUUAUUUUGUUUUAGUUGAACUGUUCGUAUUUUUUAUUUCCUCCAUGUUUUAAAAUAAACUGCCCAAUGUAUCUGAAAGAAAUGGCACUUAAGUACAAUGUUGGCAAUAUCAAAGCCGAAAUGUUACUGUAUAUAUUUAUAUAUAUAUAUAUAUAUAUAUAUAUAACAAUUAUGUUACGAUGUGUUUUAGUUGUGUAAGAGUAAUUAUUGUGUUCAAUUAAUUUAUAGCCUACUAGACCAAAAAGUAGCCUAUACUCUUUUUCCUUCAGAAUAUAUUUCCUUUAUGUAAUUAAUUGUAUAUUGCUUAGUUUCGUGUUCUUAGUCUUAUGUACAGUGUAUGUUGUAGUUCUUUCCCUCUAUUUUUAGCAAUUUUUAAACUUUAUCUGUUCAAUAAUGGCUGUGUUAAUUGAGGUAUCUUUAUAACAUAAUGUUGUUCACUGCCUUGUCGUUAUAACAGAUUACAGCAGCUACAAUAAAUUAUGUUCAUGUUUCUCUCUGUUUACCAACAUGGACCCAGAAUGCAAAAGUGGAGAAAUUGUUAUAAAUUUGUUUUUUUGUUGAUUAUAUGUGCCAUAUAUAACCCUUAGAGUGCUUUAAGUGCCAUGCUGAGCUUUCACACACCUGGAAGUCAAAUUAAAAAAGUACAUUAAAAAUUUUAUUCAAAAGCAAUAAUUGUCAACGUAAGUCAAAAUAAGAAGUUUCAUUUUAGAAACUGUUUUUUACACCUAUAUUAUGGACAUUUCAAGAAAAUUGUUGUCAUCUAAAAGAGAGAAUCUGAUUUUUAACUAAUAAUUCAUCUAAUGUGUUCAUUUUGAAUAGAGUAGGUAAAUAAAUUUGCUGCCUUUAAAACAUAAUUCGAUCUUGAUGUAAGUAACAUACCAUUGCCUUAUACUGUACAGUCUACACGGCUGAUAUAUCAUAUUUGUAUGAUUAGUUCAGCUUAUUCCAGUGUAUAUCGAUUAGAAUAGGUUACUGUACAGUACAGUAUUAUAAGUUUAAAGUAUUAACACAUGGUUUUAUUUUUAAUUUAUUUGUCAAUAAAUACAUUUGUUUUAUUUUGUUUACCAAUAA